GUCACUCAAGGGGGCUCGUAUUGAAAAUAAGAAGCAAACUCCAGAGUGAGAGUAUUAGAGCAUCAGUUUAGCACUGUCUUUAUUUAGUUUAGUUUAGCUGUAGACGACACUCUGCUUCCUAAAUUGGAUAAAUUGGACGCUGCGCGCAUGGCACAUGUUUGAGCGCAAAGAUUUCGAGGAUUUAAUGCUUGAAAGUAUGUUUUUAUCAAAGGACACUAGGGCAAAGCUUUGCAUGGUGUCCAAAGCGCUGAAAAGAAUUUGAGUUUUUCCAAUUCUAGUUUGAUUUUAACCAGCUUUCUGCAGCGAUAAAGGGGUUAAAGAAGAGCGUCAAUCAGAAUGGAAGAAAAUGAUCACAGAGAGAGACAGGGGUCGGCGGACGAGUCCAACAGAGCCAUCCUUCCUCUGCUGCAAGCGCCGGGGAACCUGCAGAUUCCGCACCGGGUCACCAAUUUCUUCAUCGACAACAUCCUGCGCCCGGAUUUCGGACGCAGAAAGGACAGCAACCGGGACGAGAGAAGUCGGGAAUCGCCGGAGCUGCACAACAACAGCAGCCCCGCCGCUCCACAGACGGAGCCGGUGGGAAGCACGGUGCCGACGGAGGGUACGUCCACCCCACACACGGUCACCGGGGCCAAGAAGCCAGCCAUAGCCGCCGAGGAGCCCCUCAAGUCCCGCGGGGAGAGCGGGGACCAGUGCCUAAGCUCAGAUUCGGACAGUUCCCAAGCCAGCUCCAACCCGAACCCGUCCCAGCAGCCAAUGUUGUGGCCCGCCUGGGUCUACUGCACCAGAUACUCGGACAGACCUUCGUCAGGACCGAGAUCUCGCAAACCAAAGAAGAAAACGACCAGCAAAGAGGACAAGCGACCACGCACGGCCUUCACCGCAGAGCAGCUGCAAAGACUCAAAUCAGAGUUUCAGACGAACCGGUACCUGACGGAACAGAGGCGUCAGAACCUGGCGCAAGAACUUGGCCUCAACGAGUCCCAGAUCAAGAUCUGGUUCCAGAACAAGAGGGCCAAAAUCAAGAAGGCCAGCGGCACCAAGAACAGCCUGGCACUGCACCUGAUGGCACAGGGACUCUACAAUCACGCCACCGUCACGUCAAAGGACGACAAAUCAGACAGCGAUUGAAUCUUCCCCACAGAACCUACGGUUGCCGUGACAACACCCAUACAGAGAUAUGAAUCAUCAGAACACAUUGGAAACUGUAAAAAAAAAAAAAAGGGCUACUGAAGUCCCUUCAGGAGUGUUUAGACACCCACACGUCUCUCUAGGUUCCUGUUCUGAUGGGAGGAUCAAUCACCCUACAAUGCAAUAAUCUCUCUGAAUAAAGGGCCAGUGUAUAAAGUAUACCAGCAUAAAUCGUUUAAAAAAAGGAAAGAAAGAUAUUUCUGCAAUCUCACGUCUAUUAAAAAAAAAGAUGUAUAAAGUUUUCCAUUGUUUGUUGUUGUCAAGCAGAAGCUACACUCCAUUUUAUAGGCCGAAACACAGCUUUUUCAUGAUUGUCCACACUCUACAUUUCUAUGCCACUGGCACUUGAGACCUUUGUCAGUGAACUUGAAGUCCAAAGAAUAUUUUUCUGCUGCACCCAGGCAUACUGUGAAUUUAAAUAUAACAGUUUUAUUUCCACGCUUGUUGUAUUUUAUAAAUUGAGACAGAUUUUUCCAGUGUCAGAAUUUUUCUAAAAAAAAAAAAAAAAUCAUGUACAGAGAGAAGAGAUGUAGCGAUUUUUUUUCCCUAACAGGCCACUAUAAUGUAUGUGGUCAUUUCAUAGCCUUUAAGCAGUUAUAUUGUGUUGUGUUGUUUUUUUUCUUUGACACCAACGCAGCUGUUAUAGUUUUAAAUAGCAAUACCACUCAUGUUUUGUAACUCUGAAGUGAAUUAAAGGCUGACAUGCUGCCUGAAACAACUCAGUAGCAUCGAGACAAUGAAUAACACUCCACUACACAUGCAGGUGAUUGUGAAAUCUUUAUAUAUAUACAGUACAUUUCUAUCACAUAUAUCAUAAAUGAAGGCAAAUCUGUCUGUUGGAAAUGGCUUAUUGUUGUUCAAAGGACUUCAUAUGUGUAUUUAUAUAGAUUAUAUUGAGAAAAAAAGAAUCUAUCCAAUGACCAGUGUUGCUUUAGAGUAGAUAUCUGAGGUGUUCACACGCUUGUUUAUCUUGCAAUAACUUCCUUUUGUUUGAAGGUUUUUUUUUUUUCUUGUUUGUGAAUGGAAAAGAAGUCUACGGGGCCUUUGCAUGAAAGCUGCAAUUUGUUGGGCAAACAGCUGUGUUUGUAACUUUUGCUCUUCAUCGACAAAUGUGUGACCGAGCAACAUUGAAGACGGUAUCCAUACCAAAUUGUGGACUUUUUUGCCUUUGAAAAGUGUUUUUAUUGUAUAUCUGCAAACAAGUGUGUGUGAAUUAAAACAAAAGAGACCCACCAAACAGAAAACACACUUUGCCUUAAAAGUUCAGAGUCUGAACUUUUUAUUAGAACGGAACUGUGCCAGAUCAGAGCAGCAGUGUCACUUCAAAUGCAGACUAAUUAAGCUGAAUGCCUUUAUGACCACAAACAAACCAACUGCUGGUUACGACGUAUUGAAUCUACUCAUCAGCGUAUAUAUUCUAUCUAUAUAUGUUCAAAUGAAAGUACAGCACAGAGUUGUAGAGUACAAUGCUAUUUUUUAUUUUAUGUUGGAAGUAUUCUUUGGUAUAAAUGUACAUAGUUUCAAUCAUGUAUUAAUUGUGUAAUUAACUGCCUCUUUAAAGUUACAAAAGAAGAGUAAAUAAACCUGAAAGAUUAUACAACACAAGCCUCUGACAUGUUGAUUUGCAGGAAGUUUAACAGCAAUGCUCCAGAGUGGUUUAUUCAUUAACAAGUGCAAACUCAACCACAUACAAAAGAUAAAAUGGCUUCACAAACACCCCUUAACACGGACAGUGAGUCAAGAACAGA